GGCAGAGUCCAUCUAGUUUCAAUUCCCUUGUAAGUAGAUACAAAUUCCGAUUGUGGCUCUGUAGUGCGGGCCUGUUUUACUUGUAGAGGUCUUCUAUUUCAUCUUCAGUGUUUUUCUCUUAGGUUUGGUUUGGGAUCAAAGUUAUUCGCCCUUUAAUAUCAACAUUCUGGACAAAGCUGGAAGGACUGCUUGCUUAGAGACAGCCGGUCGGAAUAACAAGUCUUCAGAUAGUUACUUUAUCUCUAAUAAAUCAGAAAUUUUACGUGAGCCUCACACAUUGAGAUGGACCGCUGGCGUCACGCUGGCUUCAAAAUCAAGCCAUACCGAUUCUAUUCGUAAGGAGGUUCUGUUGUAAGUUUGCUCUGUUUGAAUAAUUUCGAAUUAGCAUUCUUAAUAAGCUUACUGCUGAAAAUUUCGAACAACAGGGUGAUAAACUUCUUAGCUUAGAUAUCACUUCAGCUUCCCUUCAUGUCAUUGCUCAAUUAGUAAGCUUAUUGUCAACACUUAUUAUUUUAGAUUUAUCAAAAAGCCAUCAAUGAACCAAAAUUUACCUCUUUGUACGCCCAAUUGUGUUUAAAAUUAUGCAGUAGUGUCCCUAAUUUUGAGUCAGGGGGUUCUCAAUCGGUAAAAAAUUAAAUUGUUAACCUCCCAUCAGACUUUUCAGAUAUUCUUAAUUAAGUGUUGUGAAGAUGAGUUCAAGGCCAGAGAUGUUUGUGACGAUCAGAUCUCACGUCAGAAGUGCUUGGGGAAUCUACGCUUCAUUGCUGAACUUGGGAUUUGUGGUGUUAUGUCCGAAAAAGUUCUUCAUAAUUGUGUUCAAGAACUUCUUUCCAGGAAAGGUCAACUUAGUUCAGUCAACGAUUCGGAGGUACAUACAUAUGCGCAGGAAAAAAACAGAACAGCCCAUACAAUUCGGGAGCGCUCUUUGUCCGCCGAUUUGGAAUGUCUUUGUCAGUUCUUGACUGCUGUUGGGAAGCACAUGGACACACCGAAAGCAAAAAACUUGAUGGAUCAAUAUUUUCAUCGAUUGCGUCGUAUAUUAUCACGCGCUUACGAUUCAAAUGGAUUAACAUCCAACAAACAUGAAAAUGUAUCUACGGAAGGAAAAACCUUUAAGUCGUCUUCGAAGCCGAAUGAUAACUGUAUCUUAUCUUCUAGAGUGCGGUUCAUGGUUGAAGAUUUGAUAGACUUAAGGGAAAACAAUUGGAUUCCACGUCGAGCUGGUCAGCGCACAGAAACAAACAAGCCACGUUUCCUUCGAGAUAUUCGUUUGGAAAUAUUAAAAGAAUCUGGAGUCCUUGUUGCCCCAACUCCAAGUGAGCGCUCUGUCACACAGCCAGAUGUACCUGGGAGUGCUUUUAUGGGUCACUCAUCAGCUUCAAGUAACUCAUCAGUGAAUGGCGAAUUUCCAUUCGUCAGUGGUCUGAGCUCUAGUUCAUCGAAAAAUAAUAAUGGACUUAAUACUGGUGAAGCUAAAAGUUGGAUGGAGUUGGCGCGAAUGGGUGAAGAACUCUGUCGUCAAAGUCCUCGUGAUUUCUGUUUGUUGGAUAACAGAAAUCGUAUUGGGGAGAGCCCCAUUAGUCAAUUUCACGGACGUCCACAGGCUGGUGUUGCCACAGCUAAUCGGCGCUUUUUGUCUAACAAAAAUGAUUUUUCCCAUUCAAACAAUAUUCCUCAUCAAGGCUCUAAACCAAAUAACACUGACAGCUGGACCAAAAGAACGGAGAAAAAUGAAGUCAGUAGCGAUGUAGGGUGGGUACGUGGUGUCAACCCAAAACUACGGAACUCCGUUAUUACUCUGAGUAACGGCAUAUCAACAACUAAUUCUAAUUUACCUCCUCGAAUGCUCAGAAAACUGGCUGCGGAAGCUGCUGGGAAUUUACAAAAUAACUCUACAUCAAACGUUUUUAACGAAACGAAGCAGCCUGUCCAUUCAGAAGUACAGACCUUCCAUGCAAAAUCCACUUCUGAUAAUAUGACAUCCAUUUCCAAAAACAGUACAUCCUGCACCACGUCUUUUAUCCAUCUCAUUGGACAAGUCAGUUCCUCUGAUCCUUUUGAGCCUGCAUACCUGCAAAAAGAAAGGUUAUCGGUCAGUAGUGGAGAUGAAGUCAGUACCCAAAAACUUGUUUGGUCUUAUCCUAAAUGUGUUCUUAACACGGCGAUUUAUGGUAGUUCAAAUCCAACUCUUCCUUUUAAACCACAAUCUUCUAUUUCACGUCCUCCACACUUAAUAAACAAACCGAAUUUCCCGGAUAUUCAAACAUCAGCAGUUCAGAAACCAUGUAAUCGUAAAGUUGACCAGGCUAGGUCAUCUAAUUCGAACAACAUGGUCCAGUCACCAAAUAAUUUUGCUGAAAACAAUUACAAUACCACACACGCUGUUGAUGAAAACAUGAAAAUCGCCCUUAGAUUACUCACUUUAUUGGGAGAUUCUCGUGAUCCUGUCCUGGUUAAAAAUCAGUUAAAUUCAUCGGAUUUCAGUCGAAUAACAACCGAAGUUCUUGCCGUUGCUGUUUUACAUUUAUGUGAAGAGGGUACUAAUCUUAAGUUGGCGGAGGUGGAACCAUGUGAAUUAGCUGCAAUAUUAGUAGCAUGUGCUGAAAAUCUAUUGCAUCGCGAUGCGUCUACGUCAUUCCUUGCAUCUAAGGAUAAUCGCAAAACGAAACCCACAAAAUUGUCGUGUCAUCCUUUAUCUCUUGUAUGGUCAAACCUCCUUAGCAAGAUUUUAUGUGUGACACAGUUAACUUAUUCCAAGUCCAAACUAGCAUUAUUAUCAGCUGCUUUAAUUUGGAGUCGUCAUAUUAGUCUGUCUGAAUUUGGUGAGCCCUUACGUGGGGGUAAACAUCAUCCCUUGUUUUUACUCGUUCUACAACGGUUAUCACAAAUUGUUAGUGAAGAUGGAAGUGACACAAUUUGUAUAUCUGGAGCAGGAUUGAAUGACAGACGUUCCUUACUCAUCCAAUUAUUUCAAGAGAGUGAAUUGCAAAUGAAUCAAAUGGUCCCAGAAGGGAGUCAAACAAACGAAGCUUUGUUGUCCUUGCUAGAAGAACGUAAUUUAGAUUUUCUCGUCCCAAGCUUACGAUUGUCGACGGAACUAUUUCACCUUAUUAUGGAUACUUCAUCCUUAGAAGGGAAAUGUCCAGAAGAGUCUGACAAAAUCACAGCUUCUAAAUUCAACGAUUACCUUUCAAACCAUCCAAUUGAUGACAGGAUACGAGCAUCAGACUACAUUCAUGCUUGCUUGCCAGUCAUUUAUGAAUAUAUUCAUAAAGUAGGAAUUGUUGACCUUGGCAGUUUGUCUUCACCCCCCACUUUAAUGGCUAGAGAAAAAGCUGCGUGGGAGUGCAUAGUACCUCGUGUGCUUAUCGAAGUUUUACGGAGCUCAACAGACCGACAAUUGGAUGCUCUUCAUGACCUACAGUUCUUCUGGGUUGAUAAAAAUAUGCCUAAAGGGUUCUUGUUUCGUUGUUUUAUGAACCUUUAUAAUUGUGAGCUUGUAUGUGAAGAUGCAUUUCUAUCGUGGAAAGAAGAAGUGAAUCCCAGUUAUCCUGCUAAAGGUCAAGCACUAUUUGAGGUACACUGUUUGUCAUGUUAAUUUGAUAUUUUAUGGUGGUUAAUCAGUGACUUAUUAUACAUUGUGGAAUCUAGUUUAUAUAUACAUCAGUUCAAGGUGCCACAUUAUAUCAAGAAAACUGUGAUAUCAAAAUAUUAAGAAUAGUGACAUUAUCAGUUGUAGUAGAAAGAGUGGGCAUAUGUAUGAUUCAAGAAGAAAAUAUGAAUUUGUGGGAUGCAACCGUUGGUGAUUCAUGUUACUCAACGUCUCCAACCAUUUAUCACAAGGUGGCUUACGUUUACAAACAUGACACAAACCAACAGUUACUAACUUAUGCCAUUACUUGCUUUAAAGGUCACUAGUUUGUUUUCCAACCUGUUUCUACCCCAACCAACGUCGCGCGUCGAAUUAAGUGGUGUUUCUGCGGACGCAAUACGUAUCCCAUUCACUGCAGUUGAUAAGAAUUGACAGUCCCAUCAAAUAAUUUUCCAUCUUUGUUUAGCAUAACGCUUUACAGCCAUUAAGUAAAACACAGUAAACUUCUGAACAGCAUACUCCCUCGUCGUCGACAGACGAAGAUCUCGCCUACACAACUAAUGAUGCGAGUUGGCAAACCCAAGCAAGCUGUUUGAAUACUAGCCAAGAUGAGUAAAUUGGUCGAUGCAAUCACCUAUUUCAUUCCAUUUGACCAAUCCAGACAACGCGGAUCCGUCCUGAAUCAGCGUUUUCUAUUCAGAAGAGGGGAAACAUCCCAAACAUUCAUUGUUGCUCAAAGGUGAUCAGAAAACUUCCUAUCAUCUCUCGAUUCACUAGUUGUUUUCGUUCAUCAUUUCUUCGUUCCUAUAGAACUUUGAGUUCAAUAUCCAUACUCUGAACUGCAAUUUUGGUGUAUGUUUAUUUGUCUGUUGCACAUACCAUUAUGGUGUUAAUUCGCUUCCCUUUUUGCUCUUACCCAUUCUCUGGUUUAUACAUGUAGAGAAUCUUUCUUACCAACAGAAAAGGUUGACAGCCGGUGACCGCCAAAAUCUAAGCAAAAAUUCACUAUUAGCAUAUUAUUUUUAUUUGAUAAUUUAGAAGUCACCUGUUUGUUUCAUUGCUUCGGUUUUGUAUGUUUGUUACCUUGAUAUCCUAGUUCCUAUUAGGGUACGCAAAAUAUUUUAUGAAUUCUCUCUUGUUGAUUAUUUCAUCGCAGUGACUUUUGUUUUCAGGUCAAUCGCUGGUUAACCUGGUUAGAAACAGCAGAGGAAGAAGACGAAGAAGACCGAUGUAAAUCUGAUUCAAAUGGGGAUCAUGCAAAGAUAGUUCAAGAAAGUUCAGUGGAUUCGGAAAACUCAGAAGCUUCUAAAUCUCCCAACCAUUUUAUUGAUAUUGAGUCUCACAAUAUGCCGACAUCCCUGCAUCCCAAUUCAGCAGCUUUGCGUUCCUGAAUAACCCCUUUAGUUUCUGAACUUGAUAUCAGUUUUGUGUUGAUAUCAUUAUGAUGCCUGUAAACCCUAGAUUGUAUGUCUUGCAUGGAAAAUCGGUUUUGAAACCUCGUCUUUACCAAAACAAUUUUGUGGACCUUCAAUCACAUUGGGCUUCAAUUUUCCUUAUUAUACUAUUUUCAAAAAUCCU